AUGGUCAGCGCAAGCACAACUUCAACAUCCACAGUUCGAUCGCGCCCUCGCCGCUUAGUUUCAUUAAUGGAUGAUGAAAAUGACACCAGCAAUAAUGCUACAAAUUAUUCCUGUCAAAAUGAUCUCCAGCCGUUCUCUUCGGGAUUCUCAACUACCCUUGCACCGUCCGAGGUGGGAACGACUCGGUCCCGGGGAGCGACCCCCUCGCCAUUAUCAUCCCGUGGAGCGUCACCACUUCCGAUGACACGCCCAUCCCGCGCGACCGAAUCCAUCAAUCGUGGUGCUCGAAAUUCCCCCAUCUCGUUUGCUUGGAAUGCAUCAAAGUCACCGUCGUCGGGAGGUGCUGCGGACUUUCUGGACUCCUCGUGGUCCUCUCUCCAAAGCCUGGCAUCUUCGGUGCUAGGGAGCGAUACUGGACGUGAAACCCCGAAUAAUGCGGCGACAUCCCACAGUCGAAGGAAACCAUCGCGGUCAGACGUAUAUAUCAAGACUGCCCCCAGGUCAACGUGGGGCCCAUCGGCACCGACCGCUCCGCAAAUUGGAACCGGGACAAAGGAGGAGCGACAAGCUUUGGUGCAGGCCAAAAAGAGAGAAGCGCUACUCCUUGCCGAUACCGAUCUGAUUGCGAGUCGCACAAUUCCACACAAAAGACGGGACUCUGAUGCCACUUCGCAUCAAGCAUUUGGGCCAGAGCACGACGAAGACGCCUUGGCUUAUAUCCACAAAGUGCAGCCCACAGACACCAUUACCGGUGUGACGAUUAAAUAUGGUUGUCAGGCUGCAGUGUUUCGGAAAGCGAAUGGGUUUUGGCCUAACGACAAUAUUCAGAGCAGAAACACAGUUUUAUUACCAGUCGAUGCUUGCUCUGUGAAAGGUCGCCCUGUUCCUAAAAGGCCUGUGGAUCUUCUGACCCAUGAUACUGAAGAUCCAAGCGACAGCUCUAUAGUCCCCGUGGCUACUAAUACCGAUAAUAUCUCUCCGGAAGAGGCGUCUACAACUACAGCUGGGGCUGAUGCCAAUCACGCUUGGAAGCAUGAGUCUUGGGUGAACAUGGAUGGGUUUCCAGACCCAGUACAAAUCGGGCGCGUUCCUCGAAGAGCAUUAGGAUUCUUUCCGCGCACUCGUCGAAAAUCCGUAUCCUAUUCGGACGCAGAACCCCCAGAUUUGUACCGGGAAACAAUCACACCCCCGUCUCCAACUGGAUCCCCGCCCCUACUCUCAUCCUUCGGUAUGUUGCCACGAUCUCGACCCAAUGGCGAUCAAACCAAACCCAAGAUCAUGCAACCCACUCGCCCGCAGCAUCAUCGCCAACGCAGUAGUAUCCAGUUGUCUGGCACUGGUGUGGGAACCCUCGAUCCCACUUCGACUGGUCCCGGUCCCGCAUUAGAUGGUUUUACUCGAUUCUUCGCGCAGCACAUGCCUAAUCUUGCUCCGGCACAACCCCGUGAUAAUUUCCGGGACGCUUCUUUCGAGUCUGCGUCAACCGGCACAUCCAAUGCAUCGACUGGUCUUGAAAACAUUGGAGGGGCUUUUGAGGGUUGGGUUCGAAAAGUAGCAACGCGAGCCAAAGCCGGCAUCAAUGAACUGCAACAAGGAUCACCCAAUCAGUAUAGUAGCAGCAGGGGCCGCAAUAUGUGGCGAAUGGACGACUUAAUUGAACUUGACGAUGGGCUGAUGGAUGAUCGGAACUCUCCCAGCCCCUUCAAGGGUGCAUCGCGGAGAUCUGGGUUACAGGGCAGCUCGUCCUCAUCCUCAUCCAUCCGAUACAACAGUCCUUCUGUGGUAGCAACGAGCAGGUCUCGUGCGGCUGGAUUUGGGUCAGGCUCCGGCUCAAGAGCCUAUGGCGAGCGGGCCAAAGACGAUUAA